GAAGUGACAAUGGGUGAGAUUUCAGAAUUGCUUGAAGCUCAAGUCCACAUUUGGAAUCAUGCUUUCAAAUAUAUCAACUCCAUGUCUCUAAAAUGUGUUGUCGAAUUGGGCAUACCAGACAUUCUCCAUACCCAUGGCCAGCCCAUGAGCCUUUCCGAUUUAGUGGAAGCGCUCCAUAUUCAACCCUCCAAAGCUCAAUGCCUUGGCCGCCUCAUGCGCCUCCUCGUUCAUUCUGGCUUCUUUGCUCGAACACAUAGCGAGAAUGAUGAGCAAGAAACGAAGUACGCUGUCACACCUUCCUCUCGACUUCUCCUUCGUCACAACGACACAUUGGAAACCUUACCCUUCUUGUUUCUAAUUCUUCAUCAUGCCAUGAUGGCUUCGUGGGAGACCAUGAGUUGCUGGUUGUGUAGUGUAGAUGAGAACUAUUCCAGUGCUUUUGAAAUGGCGAAUGGUAAGUCAAUAUGGAAUUAUAUUGCAGAGGAACCUGAAUUUGGCAAUCUAUUUCAUCGAACAAUAGCAUAUGAUUCUCAACUCAUUGGGAGAAUAGUAACAACGGAGUGUCGAGAGGUGUUUGAGGGGCUGAAGUCGAUCGUUGAUGUUGGUGGAGGCACAGGCAUUAUGGCCAAGGCCAUCGUGGAAGCAUUCCCACACAUUACUUACAUUGUGUUUGAUCUCCCGCAAGUAGUUGCUAACCACCAACAAACCACAAAAAACUUGAGUUUCAUUGGAGGAGACAUGUUUGAGGCAAAAAUUCCACCAACAAAUGCAGUUUUACUCAAGUCAGUUUUGUACAACUGGAAUGAUGAAGAAAGCAUUCAGAUACUGAAGAAUUGUAAAGAUGCGAUUUUAAGUAAUGCUGAGGGUGGAAAAGUGAUAAUCAUAGAGGUGGCGUUGGAAUAUCAAGUGGAAGACAAGGAGUCAAUUGAAACUCAGCUUUGUGGCGAUGUGUUGAUGAUGACUAAUUUUGCCAUUAGAAAGAGAAACGAGAGAGAAUGGAAGAAUCUCUUCUUAGCUGCUGGUUUUAGUGACUACAAGAUAAUUCCUAUGCUAGGUUUAAGAUCUCUCAUCGAGGUGUAUCCUUGAUAAUUUGGGCCCAGUCUCA